GUCGCGAAUAUUGUCAGUGAGCGUCAGACGCGACGCGAUCCGCGAUCGCGGUGUCCUCCUUUGACAGGACGCCUUUCCCGUAUCGUUUUCAAAUUCAUUGUUUAAAGAACAGCGCCCGCUCCGGCGCGACGCGACGUCGUUUAACGCCGUUUAUCGCCGUUUAUGGAUCAUCAGUGUCGAGGUCCAGGUCGCAAGAUCCAACGCGAGUGUGGAAGAAACGGAUUUCGCGAUUGGCUCGCUUGAUGUUUUCGUAAAUAACACGGGAAACUCGUCGAUCGCGUCUUCGUGCAGAUCUAGUUCGUGCGAAACGACACAGGCAGUUAGUGCGGAAUCCUGCGAGGACUCGACGCACGGGCAACUCCGACCGAAGAAGACCACGACAGUUGGCGAUGACUCGGUUUUCCGCGGCGUGCCGGUUCGCCAGUGACGGACGACCGGAUAGCGGAAGUCGCGAAUGAACGGUCGUGAAUGCGCGGAUCCGACGUCAAUGUCCGUCCGUCGAACUUGUUUCUUGGUCUUGUCGCCCGUCUGCCAGUUGUCCGCCUACUUUCCUCGUAACGGAAUAGUAAACCGCGCAAAUAUCGGGACGGUCAGGCCAGGGAACUUCGGCGACUCUCAAACCCGAUGACCGAUGCGAAAAGCCGAAGGCAUGUGGAUUUUUCUGUCGUGCGGCAUCGCCCGAUCUCUUCCCUGAACAGACUCCAGAUUUAUGUGCGAUGCUUCUCGGUUAUUUCAACUGGAAUUUCAUGCUGGCAUCCCGAACAUUAAUGAAUUCGAUCUAUGAGAAUUUGAAAUUCUCAUCUCCCCUAGACCGCUUUGACGACUGAUGAUUCCGUUUCGUUCACGCACGAGGAUUGAUCGAUUUAUAAUCAGCAGAGCCAAAGAAAUAAACGUGGAUGGGAGAUCUCGAGUCCUAGGAGCGGAAGGCCAAGAAGACCUGCAGAGCCAAGAAUGCGCCUAUCUGUAGGAAUGCUAUUAGUCUUAUCGAAUGAAAGCGACGACGACGCCAUUGUCGCCAUGCGGGGUGCUCGACUUUUGACCUUUGCGCAGUGAGACUCCGGAGGUCGAGAGAAUCGAGGAAAAAAAAUCGCGCGAGCGAAAGUUUCGCCGGUGAGUAGGCCUUGUAGAACGGGGCUCGGUCGACUCGGUUUCUCGAUCUCUGCCUUCCGCUAGCGCACGCCAACUUCCGCGGCCAUGAAAGUUCGAAGUUAUCCCGGCCGAGCGGUUUUGGAGGACCCCGAACUCCUUCUGGACCCGGACGCGACGCGCGGCAGGGCCAUGGAGCUGCUCUACGAGGCCAGCUGGCGAGAGUGCGGGGUCAACUGGACCAGCAACGGUAGCGGCAAAAUUUCCUCUAAACAGGACGAUGAACCGUACAAGCGACCUUACGCCGAUGUGGUGGUGUCGCGAUUCGAGGCCGCGCUGGAGGAUCCGAACAACGGGCCGUCCUCAGCGAGGGAGGAAGACGCGCGGUCCAGGGGAUCCAGCAGCACCGACACCACCGACAGCGAGUGCCCCGAGAUGAAUCAGCCACCACCUAGGAACGCACAGGGGGGCUUCCUCAUUCCGCGACCGAGAUUGAUCGUGCCGGUUCAUACCUACGCGAGGAAGAGACGUACCGGCGCGCCGCAACCCAUAAAGAGACGUCAAAUACGCGAAGAGGGUAAGGUCGAGGUGUCAAGAGACGGCAAAUAUCUCAGUACAUUGCAACAUGGUAAGGUGCUGGGUGAGCUCGCGAUUCUUUAUAAUUGUAAAAGGACAGCAACGAUCACUGCUGCGACUGAUUGUCAAUUAUGGGCCAUCGACCGACAAUGCUUUCAAACUAUUAUGAUGAGGACCGGCCUCUCGAGGCAGGCCGAAUACACGGACUUCUUAAAGAGCGUGCCAAUCUUCAAAAAUCUGCCCGAGGAAACUCUAAUCAAAAUUUCGGACAUUUUAGAAGAGACAUUUUACAAUAAUGGGGAUUAUAUAAUAAGACAAGGAGCGAGAGGUGAUACAUUUUUCAUCAUCAGCAGAGGACAAGUACGAGUGACAAUAAAGCAACCGGAUACAAUAGAAGAGAAAUAUAUUAGAACCUUAAGGAAGGGUGACUUCUUCGGCGAGAAAGCUUUACAAGGAGAUGAUCUCAGAACUGCUAAUAUUAUCGCUGACGAUCCAGAAGGAGUGAGCUGUUUGGUAAUAGACCGCGAAACAUUUAAUCAAUUAAUCUCAUCCUUGGACGAAAUUCGAACGCGAUACAGGGACGAAUUGGUAGAACGUAGGAGACUAAAUGAGGAAUUCCGGGACGUACGUCUACAAGACCUUCAGACUAUUGCGACUCUUGGCGUGGGUGGCUUUGGCAGAGUCGAAUUAGUUCAAAUUGCCGGAGACAGCACACGAUCCUUCGCUCUGAAGCAAAUGAAGAAGGCACAGAUCGUCGAGACGCGACAGCAACAACACAUUAUGUCAGAAAAGAGGAUUAUGAGCGAAGCAGAUUGCGAUUUUGUAGUCAAGCUUUUCAAGACCUUCAAAGAUAGAAAGUACCUUUACAUGCUGAUGGAAGCCUGUUUGGGUGGUGAGUUAUGGACCGUUCUCAGGGACAAGGGAUACUUCGACGAUAGUACUACCCGUUUUUACACCGCAUGUGUGGUAGAAGCAUUCGAUUAUUUGCACUCCAGAAACAUAAUUUACAGAGAUCUUAAACCGGAAAACUUGCUUUUGGAUAAUCAAGGAUAUGUUAAACUUGUGGAUUUUGGCUUUGCUAAACGGUUGGAUAAUGGAAGAAAGACGUGGACUUUUUGUGGUACACCAGAGUACGUAGCCCCGGAAGUAAUUCUAAACAAAGGUCAUGACAUUAGCGCCGAUUACUGGUCCCUUGGCGUCCUUAUGUUUGAGUUACUGACGGGUACGCCUCCUUUUACCGGUGCUGAUCCGAUGAAAACGUACAAUAUUAUCUUAAAAGGAAUUGACGCUAUAGAAUUUCCUAGAUCCAUCACUCGUAAUGCGAUGGCACUUAUCAAAAAGCUUUGCAGAGAUAAUCCAGCGGAACGCCUUGGAUAUCAAAGAGGUGGCAUUAGUGAAAUACAAAAACACAAAUGGUUUGAUGGCUUUAAUUGGGAAGGUCUGAAAACAAGAACACUAGAGCCUCCAAUUUUACCACGAGUUCAAGGAGCUACGGAUACUACAAAUUUUGACGCUUAUGCAGCUGAUUCCGAUCCACUACCACCUGACGAUAUUUCUGGUUGGGAUAAUGAUUUUUAACGCACAAAGUAAAAGACUAUUUAAUAUUCGCGUUUUUACUAUCUAGCAGGAAAUUGUAAUAGGACAUAACGAUCAAUCAUACGAGAUAAUUGGCGACACCUGCAUUUAUUUAUAUUUUUCUCAUACUACGUGAUAUACAGAUUACAGUUGUAUAUUAUAUGCUUUGUCAUAUCUCGCAAUAUAAUCGUGAUUUGAAAUAAGGAAACUGCACUGUGAUAAAAUUUAGAAUUUUCAUGAAUUUUGGACGAUAUUAUCAAAAAUUUUAAACGAAAAGUUGAGCUGCGAAUUUUUAUAUUUAUUUCGCGUCUGGCGGGUUCUCCAGAAGCAUCUCCAAUGUUACACAUUCUAAUAGGAUACGCAAGAAAAUAUCAAGUGCCAUUAUUACCUCGAAGAGGUAAACUCAUACAUGUUCAUACUUAUGCUCAGAAACGCGGUCACACGCAAGAAACAGUCAGCUCAAGUCCAAGGGACCUCUUGCCAUCCAUUUAACUUGUCAAAUUAUGCAUAUAUCGAUCAGAUGUUAAAUUUUAUAUGGCAAGUUCAUUGUUGUUUGAUUUACUUAUAGAGUUUAUUGUAAUAAUUAUAUUUUAAUUAAUUAUACAUAACGUGACUUGUAAAUAAUGAAUUAUAAAUAGCGUAUAAAUUUUAAAUGGAAUGUAUAUCAUGCAAUAUACGUAAAUAAAAGUUUCAUUAAUAGCAACUGUAGGUGGGGCUGCAAGAAUCAAUCAAACUCUUAUUUUCUUCAGUGACUUGUAUUUCUUAGUGACUGUUUAAAUAGUAAAUAACAGAAAAAAAAAUUAUAUAACUUUUUAUGAUUAUAUUUUCAGAAAGCAUUAUCUUAUUAUAAAUAAUAUAGCAAAAUACUUGGAAAUAGAUUUUCCUAUACAUAUAUAAGUAAUGUAUUUUAUACAUACUCAUAUCAACUUUCUUGUAAUAAUUUUCUUUGAAAGAAUGAAUUUGACUGAUUCUUAACCAAACCUUCAAUUGUAUUAUACACACAUACGUACAUAUAUUCUUUGUAGCCUAAAAAAUGGCAAAUGAAAAUUAAAAAUAUCAUUAGAAUGAUGUUCCAACUUUAAUAAAAUUACAAUAAUUUAAUGUCGCUAUUGUUUUAGCAUUUAAGUAUCAAAUUGUUAUUCUUAAAACAUGCGAAAAGAAAGACCACAUAAAAAGUGCAAUUUUAAAUAAAAAUAUAUCUUUUCUUAUA